AUGAUCCCGUUUAUUCUAGUCUUUGCUGUGCUCUUGGGUGUCUCUGGCGCCGCGGGCUCCAGACCUGGUAGCGACACCUUGAAGGGAAUCGCCUCCAACUGCAACGCAUUUCACACGGUAAAGAAGGGCGAUGAUUGUGACACUGUCAUGUCUGAAUAUGGCAUUACCCGCGCUGAGUUUCUGAAAUGGAACCCAGCAGUCUCCAAGGACUGCAGCAAGAACUUUUGGCUCACCUAUGCAUACUGCGUUGGUGUUGACCAAGACGCUUUGAGCACGGGAUCAGUCCAAUCUUCUACAUUCUCUACCUUUGCUACAAAGGCAUCGAGCCGGGUUACUUCGGCGCCAGCUGGCCACGGUCAAGAACCUACCACCACCAUCAGAACCUUCGCUACCCAAGUUCCCAGGAACACUUCCACUAAGGCUGAUACAACUUACUCGAUCCGGAAUCCCAUCGGUACGUGGGAACUGGCCAGCCCGACCGAAGAUACCGAAUGGCCUCCCCAGAGAACUCAAGAAGGCCAGCCAAGCAACUGCAAGGACUGGCACAAGGUCGAGCGUGGCGAUACAUGCGAGUCGAUUGUUUCAAACUAUGGAAACUGGAGGAUGACUCUCAAAAAUUUCAAGCAAUGGAACCCGGUGGUGCUGGAUGACUGCUCAGGGCUCUUCAUCGGGUGGUGGGUUUGUAUCAACGCUCCCAUGAAGCAUACUACCACCAAAAACUUUGGCUUCCACCGUCCCAGCACGACAAUCUCCAUCCCUGACUAUACGCCAAAGCCUAGCCCGACCAUUGACUGGAACUGGACGCCUUUCCCCACCCACAAGGGCGCUUCCAAGACUUGCAAGGCGUGGCACCAAGCCAAGGAGGGCGAUACCUGUGACUUCAUCAUCAACAGAGGAUACAUCUCCAAGGAUGACUUUUUCAGUUCUAACCCUGGAGUCGAAUCUCAGUGCGAGAGUUUAGAUAAGGGGUACUACUACUGCGCCGCUGCUCAUAUGCCGUGGGAGAAGGAGUACCCUAUGCCACCUACGGUCACGGCCGAGCCGAUUGUGGUGCCUUCUGGACAGACGAAAGAUUGCAAGGCCUGGUACAAGGCGGCUCCUCAUGAAGACUGCGAGCUCAUCUUGCUCAUGUUCUACAUGUUUUCUCUUGAGGACUUUGUCAAGUGGAAUCCAAGCGUGGGUAAGGAAUGCUCCAAGGGCAUCGUUGAGAAUCAGUGGUACUGCGUCGGAGUACAUGGUUCUCCAACCACGAGAACGGGUAUCAUACCCUCUCGUACACCUGCCCCGAAGGAAGACCAAACACAGAAAGGCAUGGCCAAGAAUUGCAAUAGGACGUGGCAGGUAACCAAGCAAGACACGUGCGAUAGCAUCAUCAAGCACAUAGGGAUCACCGAGGAGCAGUUCUUUGCAUGGAACCCGGCCGUUGGCGAUGCCAAGAAGCACACCUGCGACAAUCUCAAGAUUCAAUACUGGGUCUGUAUAGGAGUGCAACACGCUGCAAGUAGAGUCGACAAGACCACUACAACUUCUGCUCCUACAGCCCCUACGUUUACCUCAUGGCUGCAUUCGACCACCUUGGGCUCUGGAAGCACAACCGCAGCCCAGACUAGCCUUCUGUACACGGCUUCUUCUGAGAGUCUGACGAGCUCUGAGCCAGGCGUCACAUUUAUCACAAAGACUAAGAGUUCUGUUGGAACAUCAGACAGCACCUCGAUGGCAGAGUAUAGCGAAACCUCGGUCCCCAGAACCACAGAGAUACAUACAUCCGAGUCUACUGAGUCUAGUCAGGGAGAUACGACCCAUUCAAGCCCUUUAACGGUAGAUCACACUACGGAUGAUCAUGGUACAACCGGCCACGAAGAGACGAGUGCUUCAGCUACAGAUUACACUCCUCCGAGGCAGACCAAGUCUACCCGACGAGGCACAGCGCAGUUGAGCACUUCAACUAUGGACCGCAGCGCCCCUAAGUCUACAGUCUCCUACACCAAUCCCCCGACGCAGUGGACUACUUCAACGGUCUAUACCACUCGCGUGCUGACUUUUUACUCUUGUGCCCCUGGAGUGGAGACGUCCGACUGCCUAGAUGGUCCUCACUUCACCACUGAGACCAUUCUUGUGUCCACAACUGUCUGUCCUGUGACGGAUAUUGCCACGGGCUCUCAGCAUACGCAGCCUGUCACUGACACCCCAGAUGCCUCUACUGGUGUAUACGCGCCGGUGCCCAACCCAACUUCGGACCCUGUCUCGUUCCCCAGCGCACCAACCGUUCAGCAUCCCGAUCCUACCGAAGCCACAGCUUCAAUUCGGCCUUCGGCUGUGGUCUCUAAUGCCCUAGGUUGCCCAAACCCCGUGGCUACGCCUUUUCCCCGUGAGGUAAGAAGAAAUAUUCAAUCUCAUCCCGACUCUUGCACUGACAAGGCCGAGGACUGUAUGGUCGGUGGCUGCAAGCGAUUCUACCUUGUCCAAGAAGGCGACUAUUGCACAAAGAUUGCCAAGGGUGCCGGAAUCAGCAACGAUGACUUUUACGCGUGGAAUCCCAGUGUGAGCCGAGACUGCUCUGACCUCUACCUUGGAUACUGGUACUGCAUUGGGACCACAGGCCCGGCGACUCGCAUCUCCUCUGCGCUCCCGGAACCGACUUGGUGA